AUGGAGGACGAGGAGGGCUACACGGCCUUGAACCUGCGGCCCAAGCGGGGCCACUCGGGCAGCCCGUCCCCAGCCAGGAAACCAGGGGGUGCCGGGUGCAAACUCUGCCCCAUGGACUGGCGGCUGCGCGGGGACAAGUGCUAUUGGGUCGGCAUGGGAAGUAAAACCUGGAACGAGAGUCGCAGCAACUGCACCGCGAGGGGCUCCCAGCUGCUGGUGAUCCAGGACCGGGAGGAGCUGGCGGCCCUCCAGGAUCUGACCCAAGGCAGAGCUCUGUUCUGGGUGGGACUGUCCGUCCCCUCCCCGGAGAAGGGCUGGACCUGGCUGGAUGGAUCCCGGCUGGAUCAGACCCGAAUCCACCCAUUUCUGAGAAGAGAAAAGGAAACUAAGAUUCUUCCCCUCACAGCAAAAGCAGCCGGGGCCUCCCUUGAAGGCAGGAAAAACGCUCCUGAGAAAAUUGACUUCUUCUGUCUAGAUUAUUUUGAAGAUCCCGUGUGUCUGGAGUGCGGACAGAAUUUCUGCCGAGCCUGCAUCACUCAGAGCUGGCAGGGACUGAGAACUAACUUCUGCUGUCCGGAGUGCAGAGAAACCUUCUCCCAGAGGAACCUCAAACCGAACAGACAGCUGAGGAAUAUUGUAGAAGCCACCAGACCGCUGACAAUGGAGCCAAAGAAAGACCCAGAAGUGAAGAGAGUGUGUGAGAAACACAAGGAGGGUUUUAAAAUCUUUUGCCAAGAGGACCAAAUCCCCAUUUGCAUGGUUUGCCACCUGUCCCGAGAUCACAGAGACCACACCGUGGUUCCCAUAGAAGAAGCUGCUGAGGUUUACAAGGACCAAAUCCAUAGCUCUCUGAAGAUUUUGAAGAAGGAAAGAGACAAGAUUCAGGCAUUUAAAUUGAGUGGGGAAAAGAAAAGCCAAGAACUGCUGAAACAGCUAGAAACUGAUAAGCAGAAAAUUGUGUCUGACUUUGAGCAACUGUCCAAGUUCCUGAAGGAACAAGAACGGCUCCUGCUGGCCCGGCUGGAAGAGCUGAACAAGGAAAUUGAAAAGAGGCGGGAUGAGUAUUUGGCCAAAGUAUCUGAAGAAUUGUCCUCGUUCAGUUCCCUGAUCAGUGAGAUGGAGCAGAAGUGCCAGCAGCCAGAGAUAGAAUUCCUGCAGGACAUCAAAGGUGCCUUGCGCAGGUGCGAGAGGGAGAAGUUUCAGAACCCUGUGGUGUUUUCUUCUGAACUGAAAUGGAAAGUCUGGGAGUCUUCUCAAAGAAAUGGAUCCCUGGACAUCGUCAUGAAAACAUUCAGAGCCGACGUGACUCUGGAUCCAGACACGGCCCAUCCCCAGCUCGUCCUGUCGGAGGAUCAGAGACGUGUGAAAUGGGAACGCAGACGUCAGUGACUGCCUGACACCCCGGAGAGAUUUGACACUGUGCUCUGUGUGCUGGGCCGUGAGGGCUUCACCUCGGGGAGACAUUACUGGGAGGUGGAGGUGGGGG